GAAGAAAUUUUCUUUGCAGACCGCCAAUGAUUUUUUUUUUUUUCGUAAUGGAAGGAUCGAUGAAAACGUAUCUAUCCGCAAAUAUCCUAUUUCCGUGUAUAUCCAAAGUUUCUGGUGCGAGUCUGUCGGUGUUAAUCCGAUGCAAUGAAACUUUCCUUCCGGGAUCGCCCCGUGGUUGUACUCGCGCGUAUAUUCAACAUCGCACUCUCGUUUCUCCGUGAUGCGGUUGUUCUCAGUUUCAUGCAUGCGUGAACUCAUCGCGACGGCUAGUUUUCGAUUCUUUAUUUUCACAUUUUGCCGGGGGUGUGGCGAAAAAUUAUAUAACUCCGGGAUUUCUUCACCGCAUCGCCGGGCAAAGUAUCUCUUUUUCAUCCACGCGCUUAUAAUAGACGCAAACUCUCAUUUUCGCCAAUCCGUCGUCGGAUAGCGGACAGCGAUUAAGAAAGAAUAAUAAAUGCUAUUCUAUUAAUUUUAAUAACACGUAACAAUAAAAUAUGUAGAUAUUAUUAUCCCAAAUUUAAUUUCUCAAGAUUCGAAAGAAUCUGCGAUGAAUUUAAGUAAGGUAAAUAAAAGUGAAUGUGAAAAUCUGUCAAGGCUUCAAAUACAUCUGACUUAUUUACGGUAUUGAGCGCUAAUAUAUAGCUAUAUUUCGUUUUCUCAUUUAUGAAACAACGAUAUUUUCUGUUUCAGCGAUGUGACGCAACCAGUCGGGAAUAUUUUUCUGCAAAAUGACUCGCGCCCUUGUCCUUCUCUGCAUGGCCAUCAUUCUACCUCUCGUACGAUGCCACAAGAUUCACGAGCACAUGACAAGGGAAGAGAUGCUAUCGGUGUUUUACACGGGACACGAGUCCGUGCCACCGUACGAAGUCGUGCCUGUGUUGCACACGGUGCACAAAAGGAGCGUGGACGCGAAACCACAGAUUCACCUGAAGGCCUUCGGCAAAGACAUCAGCCUUUCGUUGAAGCCCACGGAAGGACUGUUGACGGCCAACAGCCUGCCGAUGUGGACCGUCACCAGGAACACGUCGCAACCGGACGGCCUUCACUAUGAGAGGGUAAAGGAUGUCGACGUGGAUAUCGGUGACAUCUAUCAAGACACGGAGAACAUGGCUUCCAUUCUGCUACACCAAGACACGAAUGGGAAAGUGCGCGUUGAUGGAACCAUCGGUUCAGAAUUAGUUAUUCGGCCACUGCCAGAACGGGUUCUACAAGAAGUAGUGAGCCGAGCUCCAAUUCUUUGUGAAUCCAAACUACUGCCUAACGUAACUAGCACAGAAGACUUGAAACGCACAAGUCAUCACAUCGUUUUCAAAAAGGUGGAUCGACCUGCCGGCGAUGAGUACAGCGACUUUUCGCUCAUGGAACCCGACCACUUAGCCAAGAGAUAUAGGAUUAAGCGUUCGAUCAAUAGCAGAUCGAAGCGCGAAGCACCGUACGUCAUUUACCCGGAAAUCCUUUGCAUAGUGGAUUACGAUGGGUACAGAUUGCACGGCGGCGAUAACGUACAGAUAAAGAGAUACUUUGUUUCCUUUUGGAACGGAGUUGAUCUGAGGUAUAAGUUACUGAAGGGGCCAAAAAUACGUAUCAGUAUAGCGGGAAUAAUUAUCUCACGGGGACGAGACGCGACACCAUACUUAGAGAGGAAUCGCGUGGGAAGAGACGCAAUCGACUCGGCAGCCGCUCUGACUGACAUGGGCAAAUACCUUUUCCGGGAGAGGAGACUUCCUGUAUACGACAUCGCCGUCGCCGUUACAAAAUUAGAUAUGUGCAGGAGGCAAUACGCGAAUGAUGUGUGCAAUAGAGGAACCGCAGGAUUCGCGUACGUCGGCGGGGCGUGCGUCGUGAAUAAGCGCCUCGAGAAGGUGAAUUCGGUCGCCAUCAUCGAGGAUACCGGCGGAUUCAGCGGUAUAAUCGUCGCCGCACACGAAGUCGGCCACUUAUUGGGUGCUGUCCAUGAUGGUUCACCUCCGCCUAGUUACUUGGGUGGACCAGGCGCCGAAAAGUGUCGUUGGGAAGAUGGGUAUAUCAUGAGCGAUCUUAGGCACACCGAGAAGGGUUUCAAAUGGUCCCACUGCAGCGUGUCCUCCUUCCAUCACUUUUUAAAUGGUGAUACAGCGACUUGCUUGUACAAUGCGCCUCAUGAAGACGAGGCAUUGCCCAGAGUGCUUCCGGGAAAACUUCUAUCCUUAGAUGCACAAUGUCGGAAAGAUCGCGGAACAAGCGCUUGUUUCAAAGACGAUCGAGUUUGCGCUCAGCUGUUCUGUUUCGACGCUGGAUCCGGAUAUUGCGUCGCAUAUCGGCCAGCAGCGGAAGGUUCGCCAUGUGGAGAUGGUCAGUAUUGCCUGAACGGGAAGUGCGUGGCGGAGCACGAAAACAUAAUACCGGAUUAUACGCAAAACAUUCCGACGUAUGUGCGCCGAGACAGCAUAUUCAAUUCCGCAUUACAUACCCGGCCGAUAUUCGCUCAUUAUAACAACACAGACUACAGGUAUCCAUGGGAAUCAACGACACAGAGUAUGCCAUUAUCGAGUGUAACCGCGUCAACACCGACGACGACCACGACGACGAUAACGACAUCGAUCAAUCCUUACAAACGCGUUACAAAACCGUUCGUACCGUCCACAGUGUCCACAAAAUUCACGUGGACAACUGCCAAUAAUUUAUAUACCGAUCGUUAUAAGACUAAGUACAAUGAUGAUAACAGUAAUAAUAGUGGCACUGGUGGCGGCGUCAGUACCACCACCACCAAGAGAAACAUCAAUUUCUUCAAUUCGUAUUAUACCGUCAGUACCACUCCGAAGGUCACUUACGGUCCGAAAUUUAGUCCGUUCAAGUAUAAGAGCACGAUCAACGCGAUAUCGCUUUCCACGACGACCAAAGGAUAUCAGAACGGCCUUCGAAAUGACGGCCGCGGAACAGAGGUCGGUGAAUGCACGGACGUAGGGUCAGAUUGCGCGGAGCUGAUUGACAGGCUGAGAACAUGGCUGUGCCAUCUACAAUCUGUGAAGAGUCGCUGCUGCGCGUCCCUGAAGGCGAUCUGUGCUGACUAAAUAAUGACCAAUAGGGACAAAGAAAAAA